AAAAAGAACUACAUCAUCAGCAAAUGUUCAACAUUAUUCGGUAAUAAAUUUUGGGAUUGUCGUUUAGUUUGCUCAGUUGAAUAUGGCAGCAAACCAGAAAAAUUUGAAUCGAGAUUAUUUGCUGUUUCGAAAUUUCGAAUUUUUAUUUUACAUGGAAAAACACCAAUUUCAUUAAAAAUUGAUCGAUUUAUUCAUAUAUUAUCAAUUCGUGCUAUACAUUUGAUAAACGACAAUGAGGUUUUUGUUAUCAAAAGUUUGAUAAACUCAGUUGGCAAAAGGCGAAUAUUUAUUCGUUCAGAAAUUCCAUCUCACGAUUUUGUUUGUCACAUUUUAAGUGCCAUUAAACAUUAUUUUCCGGACUUUUCUCAUGUCCUAAGGAAUCAAAUUGAAAUUUUUCCUGCAGAAUUAUACGAUGAAUUCAAUGCAUUGCCUUGUAGUCUCCCAUUGUUAGCUUGUCAUAAUUUUCGAAGAUCUUAUGCUGCACUCUGUGAUUAUUAUGAUCAACCGUUUCGUGAUGAAGUUGUUUGGGACAUGGAAAAGAUUUAUGAGUCUCAUCAUUUGCGAAUUCUUCGACUUGAUGAUUUUACCCACUUAAUGCCGAGGGAUUUGGUUCCAAUUUUGAGUGUUUGUCAAUAUUCUUCAUACUUUACAAAUUUAUUUGUAGAUGGAAUAAAAUUAUCAACAGAACUGGUUGAUAUCAUUAUUGGAAUUGUGAGAAAUUCGCAAUCUCUUGCAUCAUUAACGCUAAAGAAUUGUUCAUUACCUCGGGAUUUUAUCGCGUUAUUUGCGAAUGCUUUACAAUUCAAUGCAAAUAUUCCGCUUGUACAUAUCGACUUUUCUAAAAAUUUUUUGGAUGACAAAAAAGGUUUUCUGGCAUUAUCAUCGGUCUUGCCAAAGAUCAAAACGCUUAAAUCAAUAACAUUAUCGGAAUGUAUGUUAACUGAAAAAAGUACCCAUUUACUUGCUUCUGGUCUUUGCCAAGGAUUAAAGCAUAAAUCCGCCAUGGAAAAUUUAGUGCUUUGCUCUUUGAAUCUUUCUGGAAAUCCGCUGAAGGAUGAGCCAAGUGAUCUAUUAAAUCUGUUGUGCUUAUGUACAAGUCUUCGUUCUUUGGAUCUCUCUGAUACAGGCUUCAAUAUUAAUAAAUUAUGGUCUUUGCUUGUGUUUGGUGGUCUUCAAAUUGAAGUUCUGAAAUUGGGUGGUUGCCAGGCAAGUCGUCGUUUAAAGGAAAGUGCGCAGCAAGUUAAGGAAUACUUUUCAACUGUUGUGAAUUUAAAAUUAAUCGAUUUUUCGCAUACACCUUUACAUCCUGAUCUACUCAAGGGUUUAUUACUUGGUUUGUCCAGUAAUCAACAGCUGAAACCAUUUACUUUGAUUUUAGAUGGCGCUUGUGAUAACUGUUCUGCAAUUUUGGAAACAUAUCUUGGUGGUGUCGAUGCCUGUUCAUUGUCGCUUCGUGAAAAUUGUUUAGAAAUGGAUAUUCAGCCUAUAUUAUCAGUUGCAUCCACCAUGGCUCAUUUAACGAAAUUGGAUCUUAGUGGUGCGAAUUUCGCUAUUUUAAGACGAAGCACAAAGCAUGUGAAUACUUUAACGAAUAUUCUUUUGGAGAUCGUUAAAUUAAUUGGAGAAGAUGACAGCAAAUUGGAUGAAUUAAUUUUAUCGGAUUGUCGACUAGGUUCUCAUUUAAGUGUCUUACUGAAUACUCUUGGUGUUGCUUCUUCGUUGAAAUUGCUGGAUAUUACCGGCAAUGAAAUGGGUAAUUUUGGAGCAAGAUUACUUGCAAAAGCUCUUCAAAUUAACGUUUCUCUGAAAACGAUUAUAAUCGAUAGAAAUCAGAUUACUGGAGAUGGCUUUGCAGAUAUCGCUCAUGCACUUAAGUUGAAUACAACACUAACAUCAUUACAUUAUCCUCUAGUGGAUGUUGCCGAGUCUUUUAAUCGAGCAGAUCGUCAAAAAACACUAUCUGCCAUUGCAGAAGUAAUUUUUUUUUUACAUAUUUACCCAAUAUUCCAAUAUUCGGUAGUAGAAUGGCUUUGGGUUGUUGCUCAAUUCCGAGCGCCGAUACUAAGGUUCUAUUCCCCAUAG